CGUCGCUGUUAACUGGUAACCAUGGCUCCUACUCCCCAAGAAGUGGUGAUUGAGGAGUCGAAGCCUGUCCACAGGCCGUUGUCCGGGGAUGAGGUGGUCAUCAGUGGGAUGUCCGGGAGUUUCCCGAAGUCCGACAGCGUCGCUAAGUUUAUGGACAACUUGUAUAAUGGGGUGGACAUGGUCACUGAAAACAACCCGCGGUGGACGUUCAACCACCCUGAAGUGUCGAGCACCAUCGGCAUGGUUAACGGCAUGACCAAGUUCGACGCGCAGUUCUUCAGGGUACAUUUCAGGCAGGCCUGUACCAUGGAACCCAUGAGCAGGAAGCUGUUGGAGCACGCUUACAGUGCUAUAUUUGAUUCUGGAAUCAAUCCUCUUCAGCUGAGAGGGAAAAAAGUGGGCGUGUUCAUCGGUUCAACGUUUUCGGAGUCCGAAAAGAUCGUCAUCUACGAAAACAUCCAGCGCAAUGGCUUUGGUAUCACUGGAUGCAACAAAGCCAUGUACGCCAACCGCAUCUCUUAUUGGAUCGACGGGAAGGGUCCGUCCUACGCUUUGGACAUGGCCUGUGCCAGCUCCAUGGCUUGCUUGGAGCAUGCCUACCGGUGCAUCAGUACUGGCCAGUGCGAUGCUGCUAUUGUAGGAGGAUCUAACCUGUGCAUGCACCCUAAUGUUUCUUUGAACAUGAAACGUGCCGGAUUCCUUUGCCUCGAUGGGAAAUCUAAGUGCUUCGACAAGAACGGAGAUGGAUACGUCAGAUCUGAUGCCAUCAGCGUACUGUUCUUGCAGAAGGCCAAAGAUGCUAAGAGGAUCUACUCCGAAGUGUACCACGCCAAAUCCAAGUAUGGUCUCAAAGAGUUCAGAGACACCGAGUUCCUAUCAAACCGCCAUCCCAAGACCAUCGAAGACUUCCUGAACGCGUUCUACUCUGAAAUCGACGUGUCUCCCCAUGAUGUGGAAUAUAUCGAAUGCCAUGGGUCAGCCAAUGCAGAAGCAGACGGGAAUGAGCUUAGAGCUAUAGAAAAAGUAUUUGUAAAAGAAAACCCCGUGAAAGUUGGUAGCGUUGUAUCCAACAUGGGUCACGGAGAACCGGCGUCGGGAGCAUGCGCUGUGACUAAGGUGUGUCUAGCUUACCAUAAAGGUGAGCUACCAGCUAACCUUCACUACAACGAGCCUCAAGAUGAUAUCCCGGCUGUAAAGGACGGAAUGAUCCAAGUAGUGCAAAAGAACGUUCCGUUCGGCAGGGGAUUUGCCGCUUUGAAUGCCUUCUCGUACUCGGGCACCAAUGUCCAUGUUCUUUUGAAAGGACAUUACAAGAAGAAGGAUCCGGAACGGUACAAGGCCACCAUCCCUCACAUCGUCCUCGCCUCUGGCAGGCAAGAGGAAUGUGUGAUGAAGAUCUUCGACGGCCUGAAGAACCAUCCGGUGGACCCUGAGCAGAUCGGUCUGCUGCACAGCAUCCACGAGAACGAGAUCCCUGGACACAUGUGCAGAGGUUUUCUUCUAUUAGACACAAAUGAGGAGACCAAAGAGACUGUAGUCGUCUCAGAGAAGGUGGAACAUUACCCGGGCAGUGUCCGUCCUUUGUGGUUCGUAUACAGUGGUAUGGGAUCCCAAUGGGCUACCAUGGGAGCGGGACUCAUGCGCAUCCCGAUAUUCGCUGCUGCUAUUGAGAAGUGCCACAGAGUCUUAGAGCCUAAAGGCAUCAACAUUAUGCACAUCCUCACCGACCCCGACAAGACAAUCUACGACAACAUCCUGCACUCCUUCGUCGGUAUCGCAGCAGUCCAGAUCGGACUGACUGACAUAUUGAAGUCCAUGGGAAUCGUGCCUGAUAACAUUAUUGGCCACAGCGUCGGCGAGCUGGGAUGCGCGUACGCCGACGGCUGCUUCACGGCUGAGGAGAUGAUUCUUUCCGCGUACAGUCGCGGUCUGGUGUCUGUUCAGACGCCGUUCAUCAAGGGAUCCAUGGCUGCCGUCGGCCUUGGGUAUAAAGCUAUCCUGCCCAUGUGUCCACCAGAAAUAGAAGUGGCUUGCCACAACAGCGGCGAGUCGUCCACCAUUUCUGGACCUGCUGACGUCAUGAAGGAAUUCGUGGCGGAUCUGACGAAGAAGGGCAUCUUCGCGAAGGAGGUCCCCUGUUCGAACAUCGCUUACCAUUCCAAGUACAUUGCUGGUGCAGGGCCUGCGCUUCUACAAUAUCUGAGUGAAGUCAUCAAAGAGCCGAAGGAACGAAGCGCCAAGUGGGUGUCCACUUCAGUGCCCCAAGAAGAAUGGGAAGAGCCUAAAGCCAAGUAUUCUUCAGCAGAAUACCAUACAAACAAUUUAUUGAACUCAGUGCUCUUCGAAGAAACCUCCAAGUUGAUUCCAGCUAACGCGGUCGUGGUAGAGAUCGCUCCACACGGUCUUCUUCAAGCCAUCUUGAAGAGGUCUCUGAGUGACUGUACCCACAUCCCGCUGACCAGACGAGGGAAUACCGACCCCGUGAAGUACUUGCUUGAGGCUAUUGGGAAAAUAUACGUCGCUGGUUACUGCCCCAAGGUGGACGUAUUAUACCCAACGAUUGAAUUCCCAGUUUCGACCGAAACGGGCCUCCUUUCACACUUCGUUGGAUGGGAACACAGUGAGACUUGGCCUGAAGCAAGAUACAAUGUCAAAGACAGAAUGGUGGCCACAAACCGUGUGUUUAUAAUGUCAAUUCAUGACGAUGACUUCAAGUACUACGGCGGGCACAUCAGAGAUGGUACAAUCAUAUUCCCAGAAGCGGCAUACCUCACUCUGGUUUGGGAAACGCUUGCCAUGUACCAAGGUGUCGAAUAUAAAGACAUGCCGGUUAUUUUCAAGGACAUAACCUUCCACGCCGAGGCUAACAUUGACGCAGAAAAGCCUUUGCAUCUAAACAUCCAGAUUUAUAAGGGCAGUAACAGAUUCGAGGUAAGUUGUGAAGAAACUAAAUUCAUAACCGGUAUCAUGGAACCAGUGAACAGUUCGGAUAUCGUAUUCCGUGACUUAGAACAAACGGACGAAAUCAAAAACGAUGUUCAUCUUUCAAAAGAAGAUAUUUAUAAACUACUCCAUCUUAGAGGAUUUGGUUACAAAGACAAGUUCCAAACACUCGAAUCGUCCAACGUAGAAAGAAAUGAAGCUAAAAUUAAAUGGACCAACGAUUGGGUUACAUAUAUUGAUGCAUUAAUACAAUACAACGCAUUUUCAAAGGACUCUGAAGGCUUAUCUGUACCUAAGUUUAUUAAAAAACUUAGUAUUGAUCCCAAAAGACAUGAAGAAAUUACGGAAAAAUCAGGAUCUGUGCACACUGCGCAAGUUUUCAGUUUUUACGGCAUCACAAGAUCUGGCGGAGUUGAACUUGACAGCAUUGAUUUCAACGACAAACCGAUAAAGGAAGAAGUUGCAGAUGUUUUAGAAACUCAAUCGUUUAUCCCACACUUCCUUACUGGAGCUGUAAACAUUAAUGCUGCUCUCCAAAUAAACCUCCAAGUAGUGGGAGAAAACGCUCAAAAUAAAGAAAUUAAAGUUACUGAGAUGCUUAGUGCACCAUACACUGAAGUGUCUAAUGCAAUCAACGGAAUGGUUUCUGACAUCACAUCUUAUGAUGUGGUGAUUAAUAAAGUUCAAGGAGAGUCUGUAAAAUUGGAUGCUUUGGUAUCAGACAAGACGUACUUCGCAAAGUCAAACUUGUUUGUGGUUGACAAUCUCUUGGUUGAUGAAAAGAAAAUGCAACUCAUGCAUGGAAUUCUUCCUAAAGAUUCCUUUGUAAUGACCUUAGAACACAAUACGUCAAAGAUUCACCCAGAGUACAAACUGUUCCGAGUGAUCACUGCUAUGAAUGUGCAAAAUCACGUAUUGAUACUACUGAAGAAAAAUUAUAUUGGGACAGAAGAGAAUGUAACGUACAUUCCUAUCGUACACGAUAAAAAGUUCUCGUGGGUUCCAAGGAUCCGAACUGAAUUAGAAAAGACACGAAAGAUCGUAUUAGUUUCGGAAAGGCAACCUUAUUGUGGACUCUUUGGUCUUGUAAAGAAAUUGAAGAAAGAUUAUGGCAAUAAGAUUGGUUUGGUGGUUGUCGAUGAUUAUCAUGCGCCAUCAUUCCACCCCGAAAAUAGUGUCUACAAGGAACAACUUCAGAAGAAUUUAAUUUUCAAUGUUUUCAAAAAGGGCCAAUGGGGAGGCUAUUACAACUUGCCAAGUGAGAGGUUGGUCAACAUCAAGAAUGCAACUCUUGUCAGUGCCAUCCCUGGUAAUUUGGAGAGUCUGACUUGGGUUGAAGCACCCAAACCUGUAGCCAGCAACUCUUUGGUUCAGGUUCACUAUGCAGGAGUGUCAAUGAAAGAUGUAGUACACGCAGUUGGACAAGAAAAAGGCGACGGUGACCACUUUGGCAUGGAUUUCAGUGGCCUUAACCAAAAAGGAGAAAAAGUAAUGGGUCUCUUACCUCGCGGUACUCUGUCAAGCACCGUUGAGACUGACUGUAACCUAACAUGGCCGGUACCUGAACACUGGACUCUAGAGGAUGCUGCUACAGUACCUUUGCCAUACGUCCACGCUUAUUAUUGUUUGGCCAUCAAAGGAAGAUUAAUGCGGAAUAACACCGUAUUCAUCAACGGUGGUGCAGGAGCUCUGGGUCAGGCCGUCAUAUCAAUUUGCCUGUCGCUAGGCUGUACUGUCUUCACGGCUGUCUGUGACAUGAAAAAGAAGAGGUUCUUGACGAAACUGUUCCCUGAACUUGAUGAAAGCCACAUUGGUAACUCAAGGGACGGAACUGUUCAUGAGAUGGUUACUCUCAAGACUAAUGGUAAAUGCUGCGAUUACGUCAUCAACACAGCUACAGGAUCCUUGCGUGAGAGCGCAAUGAAAUGUGCCGGGCUUUCAUCCAAGUUUAUGGACCUCAGUGACCUCGACAUGAAGAACAAUGAACACUUCUGCAUGUUCUUCUUGCUAAAGGAGAGAAAUUAUGUUGCUUCUAACCUCUCUAACAUAUUCAAGCCCGAAAAUGAGAUGGAGAAAAAGAGACUACAACUGCUAAUAAGUGAAGGAAUCAGAAAAGGCAUCGUGAAACCACUGAGUCGUGUGGUGUACUCGCCCAAUGACGUUACUAGGGCUUUCAGACUCGUAUCGUCCUUCAAGCAACGGGGACGUGUGCUGAUCAAACUAAGGGACUCUGACACUGCUGCUCAAGGAAUAAGUGUGAUACCUAGAAUGGAAUACUCAUCCAAUGGGACUCAAGUUGUAAUUUGCGAUGAUCAAGGCCUAGGCAUUGAGCUGAUCGAUCAUUUGGUAAGACGUGGAGCUAGAAAGUUUAUGGUCAACGUGACGGCUAAUGCAAUCGGAGGAUACUUCAACACUAAGCUUAUGUCUUGGAAGAAACUUGGCGUGACCUUGCAAAUUCUGAACGAUAACAUCAGCACAGAGAAAAGCUGCAUGAACUUGCUCACUCAAGGAUCUAAUUUAGGUCCAGUGCAAGGCAUCUUCAUCGUCCAGAACAGAAACGAUGAUGGAAACGAGAGCUUCGAGCCAGAAGAUGUUGCGAGGAAGUUUAAUGAGACCGCUAUGGUGGUUGCGCAUUUGGAUCUGAUGACGCGUAAUCUUUGUCCACAACUCAAGCACUUUGUGGUCCUAACUCGCUCGGCUGACAAGGUUACAGACGAAUACGCUAAUUCCGUUUCUGAGAAAAUAUGCCAAAAUAGAAACGACGUUGGGUUGCCUGGCCUUGUGCUGCGAGUCGGAGAAUUGGAUGAGUUCAAUAAAAACUCCACCUAUACCGAAGGAAAAUCUCAAAUGAUAUCAUAUUCAGCACUCUUCAGUGCGCUCGAGUCCAGCUUGAAACUCAAUUAUAAAAAUGUUCGAGCGUUUAAUCUUGGGAAACGAGCUGACUCCGACUUUGUGAAGAAAAUUGAAAAAAUACUAGGAAUCCAAAGCCUAUACAAUCUUUCCGAAAACUUAACUUUAGCAAAAUUAAGCUUGAAUGAGAUGAACAAAAUGGAAAUUAUUGCUGCCAUUAAAGAUACUUACAAAGUCAGCUACUCCAUGGAUAAAAUAAACAACCUCACUAUUGGAACCCUGAAAAACCUAAGUGAGUGUUUGAGUACACAGCACACUGACUUCGACAGUGGCUUAGGAGCGUUCUUCACCUUCAUCGAUGAUGAUGAAUGCUUGGCCACUGAGCCCAUGGUUCCUAUGCCUACAAUACUGAACGAUUCAAUCGAGCGAGAAGAGGAACUGGACUUCCAAGCAGCGUACCUGAUGCUCAUCCCAGGCUUUGAAGGCCACUAUCGAGUGUUCAAUCACGUCUCCGAGAGGCUGAAACUUCAAGCCAUGACCUUCCAGCUCGGACCCGAUCUAGCAAAUGAGACCAUCGCGCAAAUGGCCAGCCAUGUCUUGAAGUCCGUGAGAGCGAGGUUCGAGCUAAAAUCAAAGUUCUACCUUUUGGGGUAUUCGUUUGGAGUAAACGUUGCUCUUGAAGUUGCCGCUUUGAUGGAGAAAGAAGGGCACGUAGGCAAAGUUUUCUGUCUGGACAGCAGCCCAGACGCGCUGCGAGUGCAUCUCGACUCCUACAUUGGAAACCUAUCAGACAACCGACUACAGAACGCAAUCGUCGAACACUUAUACCGAUUUAUGUCAGGAAACGACAACGAAGAAUUUAAGAAGGAACUGGAAAAACUUGAGGACUGGACAGCGAAGAAGGAAGCGUGCGUGCAGAAGCUAAAGGGGCUUGUGAAGUACUCUCACCAGUACCAGAAACUAGUGCUUGAAGCAGCGUACAAAAGGAUCAAGAUGGCAAGAGAAUAUCAGCCGACCAUGAAACUGGACUCGGAGAUAAUUCUCAUCAAAGGCAUACCUCAUCCUAACGCUCAACAACUCCCAGAAGACUACAAUCUAUCAAAGUACACAAACCAACCAGUCAUCGUGUACAACAUCGAAUCUGACCACGCCCUAGCUCCCAAUGACAGUAGAGUACCCAACAUCAUCAAUAGAAUGCUAGAGCCAGAAGUGGUAGAAUAUUUCAACAAGAAGAACCUAUGCCAUGUGUACUUCUCUGAUAAAUUCAAGAUGCUGUAAACUAGUAAAUUAAUGUCACUUAGCUUUAAUAAACGGCCACUAAUUUAUGUUAGGUUUAGUUUUAGUUAUUAAAGUUUGUGAGUUUCAAAA